CUGAGAAAGCGGGAGAAACAGGGAAGGGAAGGGAAGGGAAGGGCAGCACGGGGACCGAGGAGAGAUGGCGCCCUCGACUGACAGAGAGUUGGACAUACUUCUCUCGAAGCUGCGAAAGAUUCAGGCGGCGGUGGGAGGGUCAGACGAGGAGCGCGCGCUACGAAGGAAGAAGAGGAAGUCAAAGGAGGAUGACCGCUUCAACGCCGUGAAGUCGGCCAUAAUCAAGAGGCUCGGUGAUACCUGCGAUCUGCUGGCCAAGGAGCCGGCUAGCAAGGACCCCACGGCGGUCAUCCAGAAGAAGAACGCCGUCCAGUCCAACCUGCGGGCGUUGGAGGAGAACUGGAAGCAGCUGGACUCGGCAUACCAGGCGGAGAAGAGCAAACGGAGGAGCAAAAUAACGCGAGAGGAACUGGAGAACCAGCGCCAGCUGCUGGUGGACCUCCGACACGAGAUCGGAGAGCUCAAGAGCAUCCACCAGGCGGGGGUCGUGGGGGCCAAGGGAGGGGGCACGCGGGGGGGCUACGGGACGGCGAUGCCCGCGUCGGAGUUCUUCAAGCAAGAGGCACGAACAGGAGGUAUGACGGCCGUUGCGGAGGCGCCCCCGCCGGGGAAGCUCACCCCGGAGCAGCACGUCCGAAUCCAGCAGAUCCGCGACCGCAAGAAGGAGAUGGAGGACAAGUACCUCACGGUGGUGGAGGAGCACGUGGACAGACUUGGGGAGAUGGCCAAGAACAUACAGGAGGAGCUGCAGAUCCAGGACCGGAUGGUGGACGACCUGGGCAACCGGAUCGACACGGCCCAAGAGCACGUUGCGAACGUCAAUAAGCGGAUGAAGGAGGUCCUCAAGAACGUCCGCUCGGCAGACAAGUUCUGCAUGGACAUCAUGUGCAUUCUCCUGCUGCUUGGCAUGAUCGCCGUCCUCUACGCAGUGGUCAAGGAGACGUGAUGGUGAUGAUUUCGUCCUUCCUUUUCGGAGAUCCGGUGGCCGGUUCUCCGAGUUUCGGGGUUCUCCGAGUUUCGGGGUUCUCCGAGUUUCGGGGUAGAGAACGCAUCUACCAGCGGUUUCGUGGUUUGGGAUCGAUCGCCUCGGAAAGAAACAAGACAAAGCUCUCGUUAAGGUGCGCGGGCACUAAAAGAGUGGAACAACAGCGAGUUUGAAAUCACGUCACUACCCCGCACGUUCGUUUCGUGCGUGUGCGUAUGUUGGUGUUUAGACUUUUCAUUUGACGGCUGUUUUUAUUUAAUUUUUGUUCUUUCCGUUUCUCUUUCUCGCGCUUUUUGUUUGAUCUGAGGGACCCGUGCGUUCGGGAACAAGGAACGCGAGGGAAAAAUUAUGCUAAUUGUAGUACUAGGAUGCAUGCGUGCGUGCGUGGGGUUGAGUCGGAAGGUCUCGCGUGGGACGAGAGGAACAUGGUGGAGCAGUGUGCUACCGCUUGGUUGUUUGUUUGUUGUUUUUGUCGCUGCUGUUUGUUUUCGAAAAGGCUUGAUCACAGAAAUCAAGUCAACCCCGCCUCAGGGGACUCUGCGGUUAGGCGCCCGGCGCUCGAACGCCCCCCGUUGUUUUGGUGUCAUGGCACCGUUUUCGUUUUUCUAGGCCUUCGUCUUUGGUAACGGUGGGGGAUUUCCGGUGUGGUGCCGUUGUGUUGCCCCACUUUUGUUUCUUUUCGAGCUUCUUUGGUCAAGCUCUCCCUCCCGUCUCGAAAUGCGGCGUUCUCUUUCUCUCGUGUGCGCGUGUGGGUUUCCAUUUUGUGUCUCGUACAGCAUCCCCUUCCUCUCUGCCUGUCUCUCUUUCAAGUACACCGUUUGUUUUUGUUUUGCGCAAGUUAUGAUUCUUCUGUUUUCUCUCAGCUCAUGGCUCGGAGAAGGGAGGUAUGUGUGUGUACAAGGCAUCUCCUUCUCCUCGAUCUUACUCUAGUGGUUUAUAGGGAGAGGGGUCGAUCGAUGCAAGAAGACAGGGGGGUUUGCUCGUGCGCGUGUGCUAGUGGGCAUGUUGCCUCUGGGUUGAUGCAUUGUGGCCUCUUGAGGGAUUUUGCUGCUGAUCGACUGAUCUGGUUUGUUCGUUUGUAGCUCUAUGCCGGCGUAUCGUAUGGUUUCGUAUGCACAUGACCUACAACACAAAGGUGUACAGCAGAGAGAGAGAGAGAGAGAAUGCGAGCGUAGAGAUUAUCUGCAUAAUAUGGGGAGUUCGGCUCAGAAUAUGGGUGUCUCUCGUCGACCUUCCUGGGGCAUAAGCAGCUGGUACCGAAGAGAAGGCACACCGCCCCCUCUUUUGUGCGCAUUACUCGGCUGCUCUGUUGUACAUUUCCGUUGUGCCGUGUAUCAUGCACAUGUGUGCGGCGAAUUGGGACUCCGCUGUACUUGUAGGCAUCACCUGACAGAGAGGGAGAAGACCAAGACAAGACGCCGUCCAAACGAGGAUGAACGAUGUAAGCGCGUUUUCUUGAACGAAAACGCUAAUCGUCGCCUGUGGUUUUUUGUUCUUACAUGAAGUGCCUGUUGUGUUAAGUUCUUCGCGCCCGGCCUCGUUCCCCUUCUUCCCUGUAUUCUAGGAAGCACGUAAGCGGGCGUUGAUUUGUAACCCUUUCAUAGCGGUCGGUCGGAUUACUUUGUCAGGCGAUUGGGCGAGUGGGGGUUAGAAAACGUGGUGCUACACCCGUUCUUGCGUAAGCCGUCUGGCAAAGCUGUGGGGCGGGUGAAGGUGAGGGUGACCUUCGAUGUGUGGCAAUCGAUUAUCGUAAGAAUUCCCACCAUCGUUUUGUUUGUAAGCUGUCCUCCUUACUGUAACCCAGAUUCGUUUUUCUCUUACAUGUCGAAAGUAAUUGAUUAGACUUGUUGUCUCCUCGUCGUGUCAGCGUCUAUGUUCAAUUUUUAGAUCAGUCAAUGAGCUACGAUGGUUGGGAUUGUCCUUCCUGUAGGGGUCUCUGCCAGAACAGGCGACAUGGAUAGGGUCGGGUUUAGCAGAGGUCACCUCUGCACUUGGUUGGCACCGGCCCCGGCAACUACGAGCUGUGUCGCGACACUUCGUGACCGCAUGUAGCCGCCAGACUUGGCGCCGAUCUCUUCCAUGAAAAUGACACCGCGGUUAACCUGCGGCGUGCACAUCGGGAGCAUGACAACGUACUCAACAGUAGCCGCCACAUGAUGUACCUCCCCCGUUUAUGCCUAG